AUGCGACCAAGGUUCCAAGCCCUCUCCGGCCUCAAGAUCAACGCAGGUCGGCUUCAGGAGACCCUCCACCACUCCUGUCAGUGGGGUGCUGCACACCGAUAUGGAAAGGCUCCAACUCAGACUGGCAUGGCGCGUCUCUCCCUCUCGGACGACGAUGCCCGCGUGAGGCGCUGGUUCGCCGAACAGACCCAAGAACUGGGGUGUUCGCUCGCCGUAGAUCAGAUGGGGAACAUGUUCGCGAGACAAGCCGGUUCGCUGAGGUCGCCCGAGCCGAUGACUGCGAUGGGCAGCCACUUGGAUACCCAGCCUCGAGGAGGGAGGUACGACGGAAUCUUGGGCAUAGUUGCCGCUCUGGAGGUGCUGCGGGCCAUGAAGGAUAAUGGGUUCAAGACCCAGUUCGAUGUCGGCAUUGUUAAUUGGACAAACGAAGAGGGCGCCCGGUUCCCCAAGUCGAUGGUUUCAUCCGGCGUCUGGGCCGGCGAGGUGCCACUCGAUCAGGCCUGGAACCUCCCCGACAUCUUCGACCCGUCGGCGACAAUGAAGACGGAGCUCCAAAGGCACGGGCUCAUCGGAGAUGUAGCCUGUUCCAGCGAUCCGGCAUCUGGUUACCCCUUGGGCGCGCACUUCGAGCUGCACAUCGAGCAGGGGCCCAUCCUCGAGGGCAGCGGAAAGAAGAUCGGCGUGGUCCGGGGCGCGCAGGCAUACCGCUGGCUUACCUUCACGGUCGUGGGCCGCGACACCCACACCGGAACGACCCCGUUUGCGAUGCGCAGGGACCCGUUGCUCGCGUCGGCAAAGAUGAUCGCCGCGUCAAACGCGAUUGCGCAGGAGCACGGAGCGCUGGCUUCCACGGGCGUGAUCAAGAUCCCGCCUAGUUCCUCGACCAAUACCGUCGCCUCACAGGUGACGUUUACGCUGGAUAUCAGGCAUCCCGACGAUGGCGUCGUGGCCAAAGUCCAGGACGAGUGCCUGGCGGCUUUUGAGAAGAUUGCGAAGGAGGAUGGGAAGGGGGUCGAGAUGCAGUGGGCGCUCGAUACGGAUUCGCCGGCAGUCAAGUUCGAUCAGAACUGCAUCGCCGCUGUGGAGAAGGCCGCCGAUGGGCUUGUGGGCCGGGAUGGAUGGCUUCAUCUCACGAGCGGUGCUGGCCACGACAGUGUCCACGCUAGCAAACGCUGCCCGACUACCAUGAUCUUUGUUCCCUGCAAGGACGGGGUCAGUCAUCACCCUGAGGAGUACUGCAGCCCGGAAGACUGUACAAUGGGUGCCCAGGCGCUUCUUGAGGCCGUUAUUAAUUACGACCAGUUCAGGGUGCAACCAGAACUACCCCUGAAAAGUAAUUGA